AUGGCGGGGAGGGGCUGGCGGGAUUGCCCUCGCUUUGGGCCUGCCGGCGACUUGGCGCCCUUGCGCCUCAGGACCUGCGCGGAGGCAUCGACGAUCUGGCGGCGUGCACGACUCUCAGACAGGGGCAUGCUUUCAGCGUGUGGGAUGGCCACCGGUCGCGCACGUCGAUGCAGAGGCAGUGCCAUGGGCCCCGUACCGGCGUUGAGUUUGGCGAUCGAAGCUGUCUCGGCCGCACUUUGGGCAGCGGGAGGUGAGGAAUGUGAUCGCUUGUUGCGCCAACUCAAGGACAGGGUUCUGGGCCCGCAGUGGUGUUCGAAAAUCGCGGGUGAUGGGAUGACAGGCGCAAUUUCAGCAGCGGGAGGCGAAGGACGCGGGCGCUUGUCGUGGCAACACAGCGGGAGUGUUUCGGGCACACAGUGCUGCUUAAGGGAUCUGGAAGGCGGCACGGCUGCCGCAUUUGCAGCAGUGGGAGGUGAAGGAUCCGCGCGCUUGUCGUGGGGAUCCAAUGCGAGGGGUUAUGGCGCGCGGUGCUGUUCAAGAGAUCUGGAAAGUGGAACGGCGGCCGGAUUUUCUGCAGGGGGAGGUGAGAGAUACGGGCGCUUGGCAGGGCCACUCACGGGGAGGGCUUUCUGCACGCAGCCCUGCGCCAAAGAUCUGGCAAGUGGAAAGGUGGUGAGGGGAUUGGAGCGGAAGGGGCGCAUGUCGCGCCCAGGGCGGCGGGCAGCUGUUGUGGGUGCACUUCGGAAUCUGGGGCUGACGCGGGAGGAGGCGUCAGCCGCCGUUUCGCGCCACCCUGAGCUUGUGAACCGGAACGACAUGGAUGAAUGGGCGAGCAGGGUGGCGUGGUUGAAGGCAAGGCUGGGCCUGUCCGAGGAGGCCAUGAAAUUGGAGCUGGUGCGCAGGCCCGUGCCCAUAGUUGCGGGAAUUCCGGCUGAUCUGGGACUGAGGUUGGCGUAUUUUCUUCGAGAGGGCUUCUCCAGGGAGGAUGCGGUGUCGAUCUUGAAAAAGCGGGCAUGUGCGAGGACUUUGCCCACUUGGGCUCUUUCGGAAAGAAUAGAGUUCCUGUGCUCGCUCGGCGUGCCGCGGAAAGAGUUGCCUCGCAUGCUUGUAGUUUCUCCAGAGAUUUUGGGGUGUUCCAUUGACAGAGAAUUGAAACCGAGGGUGGAAUGGCUGGCAGAGACCGUGGGUAUGCAUGGGGCUUGUCUGGCAACGUUCAUUCAGCAGCAUCCAUAUCUGCUUGCCAUUUCAAUUGAUGACAAGUUGCAACCAACUGUCGAGUGGUUUGCAAGCGUUGGUGUGCAAGGCAAUGAUAUCGCGACAAUCAUCGAGAAGUUCCCAUCUGUGUUGCAUAUUUCCAUCAACAAUGCUCUGAAACCAACCGUUGACUUGUUAGCCAGCAACGGGGUUCAUGGUGAUGCGCUGGCUGCUGUCCUGAGACGAUGCCCACAUGUGCUGGCGUCUUCUGUGGACAUGUUUCUGAAGCCAGCUGUCAAGUGGCUGGUGAGUGUGGGCAUUCAUGGCGAUGCCCUGGCAGUCGUGCUCAGAAAGCAGCCCAAUCUGUUGCUCUGCUCCUUGGAGCAGUUGACUGCCAACCACCAGUGCUUGCUAAAUCUCGGACUGGUGAAUGGGGAGCUUUCCAGGAUAUACACAGCAGUGCCACAGAUACUCACAUUCGACUUAGAGCGCCCCAAGAUGCAGCAAAAGAUAGUGUUCAUUAAAGACACCAUGCGACUGAGCCCCAGGGAUGUCAUCAGCAAGAGUCCUCAAGUAUUCAGUUGUUCUUUAGAGAAACGCCUGAGACUGCGUUUCCUGUUCAGGGCCCACAUUGGGCAUCCAGUGACACUGGAGAAUUUUGCAAGUGUUUUUUUUGUGACAGAUGAGUUAUUUCAUGUGCAAGGACUGCGCCUUUCUGGUGGCAGCAUUGGCUACAAGGAGUUUCGGGAAGAUGUUUUCAACCAAAAGCCAAUAGGCAUGCUCUGGCAGCACAACCCUGAGUGA